AUGAGGAGCCUUUCGAGGACAUACCCGGAGGUUCCACCUUCCCAGGGCUUCCGCGGUGAAGGCUCUCGUCCACCACCAGCAACAUCUAGGCAGGACCGCCCGCACACGGGAAACCCUGCGCCAGCAGCCAAUGACCCGCUCACAUCACGUGUUGAGGACUUAUCCCGCCAGAUGGCCCGUCUGUCCCUUCUACUGGAGCGAGACUUGCCAAUGCAGUUCUGUGAGCCAGUCUGCCCAUCCUACGAGGAACCAUAUCUGGAUCAAGUGGAAUACCCCAUGGCCCACUGGCGUCAAGGAGUCUCACCCACCUCGCCCGCUUUUGUGAAACAAGUGGCUGACUUUGGGCCCAUGCCGCUUCCUGGAAAGCGCCCUGCAGCUGCCCCAGGCCAGGAGGCGCCUCGAGCUACGUGCCCCAGCUGUGCCGCUGCAGAGCGGAGUCCAGGAGUUACCCCAGUUACCCUCUCGCGGGUGACAUCCCCUUUGGAUGCCGCGUGCCUGUCAGCACUGCGUCCCGCUGAAUCCCGAGAGGCCGACCCAGCCAAGCAGACGACGCGGGACCACCCAGAAACGCUACCAUCGAUUGAGGCCAUCGGAUUCCGUAUCGUAAUGCACUGUCGGCCCAACACGUGUGUUAGCAGCCGCGGACAAGCAUGGGUCCAGAACUCACCUGCACCAGGCAAGGGCCUCGGCACGUUUGUGUUGGAGGUGCACGAUGCGCGCGUUGAUGAACCGCUGCAAGAGGCCGUGUCCCCUGACAUAAUUCAGCCAGGCAAUCGUAACGCCCCUGGGAUUGAGGUUACGGAAGGAACCACAGGAAGUAGGGCCGAGCCUGAGUCCGGGAGCGUCAUCAGUAUGCCGGAACCAUACACAGACAUGCAGCGCCCCAUCGAGCCGCUGAUACAACGGAUUCUGAUGCCAAGCGGAGCACUCCCAGAAAGUACUACCAGCAGUGAAUGGAAGGACGAUGAAUGGAGCAUUGACAGCGUCGUAGGCUCAGAGGGCCAAGAGCCCCGAGCACGGGUCUGUUUGGGAGACAAAGAGCCCGAAGUUCCGGACGUUGCUAGCACAGGCCUACUGCUUCCCCAACUACUGGCCCAGGGACAGGUAGCACAGGGCCCUAUGACUGGGCCACAGUUUGAUGCGCAGCUGCCGGCCGCCUCCACCCCCGACGGAUUGGAUCAUGACGGGCACCUAAAGGAGGCCCAUUUCCGGGGCAUGGUGGAGCGCUCACUUCGGACCAAGAAGGCACCAGAUCCCGAGCUACAGGCUCUUCUUGUGAGAGCCUACCUGGUUACUUGA